AUGGACAUUGAAAGGCCUGUCCGGCUUCUCUCUUUGGAUGGCGGGGGUAUCCGCGGGCUCUCCUCCAUCUUGAUUCUGAAAGAUUUGAUGCGUCAUGUGAAUCAAGAUCGUGAUCCCAAUAGCCAGCUUCAACCUUGGCAAGUCUUCGAUCUCAUCGGGGGUACAAGUACUGGCGGCAUUAUUGCUAUAAUGCUAGGAUGUCUUCGCAUGACGGUCGACGAAUGUGAAGAGGCGUACAUUCGUCUUGCAAAAACAAUUUUCAAGCCGAAACGAUGGAAAUACAACGCCUUCAGCCGUGGGGUCGACUUCUUCUCCGCUAGUGAACGCUACGAUUCAUCCAAGUUGGAAAGUGUUGUCAAAGAAAUCAUCAAAGCACGGACGGGCAGCGACAAGACACCCCUCAGUAAUUUUACUGAGGAUGGUUUCGGCAAAGUAUUCGUUACCACGGUUCAGACAGAUGACAAUGAGCUGCUUUUGCUGCGCUCGUAUGAAACGAGGCAAGAACUCGACAAACACUCCAAACAGUUUCAGCUGUGGGAAGCCCUCCGCGCCACAUCAGCUGCCACAACGUACUUUAAAGAAUACCGUCGUGGCAAUGCCGGUUAUCUAGACGGAGCGUUGAAAAGCAACAACCCCAUUUUCCAAGUCCGUCAAGAAGCUCGAGACCAGUGGCCGGAUAGGGAGGCUUUCUUAAUCAGUAUCGGAACGGGCACCAAGCCGUCGGUCCCUCUCAGGGGGAACCUUAUACACCUAGCAAGAACACUGACCAAGCUAGUCACUGAAACCGAGGAAACCUGGAAUCGGUUCAAGGGGUCACAUAAGGAAAUGUUGAAAGACAGUCUCCUAUUUCGCUACAGCGUCCCCGAACUUGGAGGCGUGGACCUGGGAAACCACAAGUUGAUGGGCAUGGUCCGCACGAAUACGGAACGCCAUCUACGAGAAGCAGCAACAGAGAAAUACGUCACAGCAUGUGCCAAGAAGAUUGUGGAAAUUGAGUCGGGUGAAUAUGCAAAACCUCACACGGGGAAGGCUUCGGCACUGCGUUUAGAGGACCUUUCAGACUCCGAGAAGAAUUGCUUGCGGAGUCUCCAUGCAACCAGCGGGGACUACGAAAGCCAGAGGAUCGGUAUUGAGAGGCCUGUCCCAGGGACCUGUCAAUGGUUUUUGCGUCACCCAAAAUUCACCGAUUGGGUGCAAAGCAAGUCGUCUUCUCUUCUCUGGGUAACGGCAAAUCCUGGAUGCGGCAAAUCGGUGCUCUCCAGCUUCCUCGUGGACGCCCUAAGCCAGGACAAAAACCAGUCCAUCGUGUGCUCCUUCUUCUUCAAAGCUGGUGUCGACAGUCGCCGAGACUCCCACCAGGCCCUCUGCGUCUUGCUUCAUCAGCUCUUCGUCGCCGCCCCGGAACUGGUCAACGUAGCGAUGGAGGGUUAUUCUAGCAAGGACAAGUUGUCUUUCACCAAGGAUCUUGAAGCGCUCUGGGCGGUGUUUCACACCUCUGCCAGCCGUCUCCACGAUCGCAAGAUCAUCUGCAUCGUCGACGCCCUAGAUGAGUGCUCCGAUGAGUCUAGGAAUCGCUUCAUCAGCCAGCUCGUCGGGUCGUUCUCAACCAGCAACUCCGAGAAACCUGUCGGCAACCUAAAGUUCCUUGUAACAAGUCGGCCGUGGCCCAGCAUUGAGAGCCGCUUCCGUAACUUGCUUUCAAUCCGGUUGCGAGGGGAGAAUGAAUCAUCGUCGCUGUCCAAAGACGUGGAAAGAGUUGUCGAGCAUCGUGUGCGGGAGCUCAAAAUGUCGUCCGCGCUCUCCGAGGAUGCUAGCACAAUGGUCAUCAAAGCUCUGACCGAAGGGGCAGAUCGUACGUUCCUGUGGGUAUCACUGGUUUUCGAUGCCAUUGAGCGACUUCAGUCGCGGAAACUCAGUUCCAUUAAGAAAUCCCUGAGUUCCUUACCAGGCGACCUUGAUCAGCUUUACGAGAGUGCCUGGGCAGCCUUUGCCGACCACGAAGCCUCACAUAAGUUACUCGGAAUCAUAUUAGCUGCCAAUCGUCCUCUAAAGCUAGAAGAGGUCAAUAUCCUUCUUGGUUUCGAGGAACAUAUUACUUCUUUGGAAGAUCUCGAACGAGAGCUCGAGCCUGACGCAGAAUAUACGAUCAAGCAGCUAGGAGGAUUCUUCAUCAGAAUCAUUGACUCUACAGUAUUUCUAGUGCACCAAACUGCACGCGAAUUUCUGCUUGGCUCUAGAGCAGACGCUACGAGACAGAAGGGGAGAGCAAGGAUCGGACUGGCGUUGGCAGAGUCUCACUUGGGCGGAAGUUGCGUCAGACUCCUCGCGCUCGAUGGACUACCGACGAGACCCAGUCUACCGAUGGAAUGUGAGGAGCGAGUCGCCUCGAACAAAACUUUCAUGGCAGACUUGCCUUGCUGGGUCAGAAGCUUUUACAUGUACGCUUCAAAGCACUGGGCAAGACACCUCAGAGGUAACUCGUUGCCCGAGUCCAAGUCCAGCAUUGGUCUAAGCGUGAAAACGAUUUGCGAUUCUUCGAAGCCACUUUUUCGUGGCUGGUGGUAUUUCUACGCUGAAAGAGAUUUCUUUUAUGCUGGAAAUGUGUGGGAAGGCUACGCGGGUCGUCAUCAUGCGCACUACACGACAAUGAGGCACGACUUUGUCGCCACGCGAGGGUUGCUUGAGGCGGGCACGUCCAACGUUGAGCAACGCGACGCAAAUGACAACGAUGUUCUGUACAAAUCAUGCGAAGGAGUGUACAGGCCCGUGUAUCAGGUUCGCUGGAUUCUCCGUCAAUACAGUCAUGCAAUUCUUCAACUUCACAAGUCUUUGGCGAUCGCGUCUGAGUGGGGAAGAAUGGAAGUCAUCAACUUGUUGCUGGCAACUGGGAUGGAUAUCAAUCCAGCAGUUCAAGGCCCCCCAACGAGUACUUGGUCCCUCACGCAGUCUGCUAUCCACAGCACGUCUGCUCUCAAAUACCUCUUGGAGCGGGGGUUGAUCGUUCAAAGGGAGGAUUUUGGGUAUGCUGCUCGCUGGGGGCACAAUGAGGCAUUGGAGAUUCUAGUGCUUCACAAUGCUGGAGAAGAGGACAGCCAUGAAAACCUCAUGGAAGCCUUGAUACAAGCAACAAAAGAAGGAUAUCCGCGGUGUCGUGCGGUGGCUUUGAAGUAUCUCCCCAAGGACGCCGCUACAGAGAUGGAUCCAUCAGUGGGGUUUUUGGAAGCCGCAUAUCGUAAUGACUCCUCGGCCAUCAAGGAACUACUUGACGAAGGGGCAAAGGACAGCAGAGAGGUUCUAUGUCUUUGCUGCUCUAUCGGUUACCCAGCGAUGGCGAAACUUUUCCUAAUUGCCAUUGUCCAUACCCAAAAGGUCCUCGAGGAGGCUUUGUUGGCCUUUUAUGAUACCCAGACAGGGACUGAGCUCAAGACUUUCUACCUCAAGGUUGUGGAAAAAACGGCAGGCUCUGGACGGAAACUGUACGAUGGAUUCAUACACGUGCCACACUUCGGUUCCACUUUUGAAGAGAAUGUCGAGCUACUUCUACUACUCGCAGCCAAAGGAGUCCGUUUACCUCGACGCAGGUUUGUUGAAGCAGUAGCUUUAGUCAUCGCCACGGAUGAGAGGUUUAGCCUUUGGCUCCUGAUGACCAUGGAUAGACUUCAGGAUGAUUCGGAUCUCUCAGCUAGGGACUUUCUGCCAUUUAUGUGCUUCUGGGGAAAGGCCGAUUUGGUACGAACGGUGAUCUCGGGAGUGACGCUGGACGAUAUCAGAAAGAAAAAUGAGGCAGGCGUAACUCUUUUGAUGAUCGCCACCGCAUCGGGGGAUUUGGCCACGGUGAAACUACUUCUGGAGAGAGGAGCGGAUCCAGACCAAGAAUGCCGACUGGAGGCAACUCGGUCAGAUAUGACAGACUGUGGGUUGGAGCUGGUUGAUCUCCUGUCUGGUGUAGCCAAAGGCCUCGACCGCGAAACCCUCGAUGGCUCGCCACGCUUGCUGGCCCGGGACCUGGGAUACACUAGCAUUGCUGAAUUGUUCAGUACGUGGCGAUGA